CACACUCAUUCACAGAGGGGAGAAACGGAGAAACACACCGACACACCGACUCUCUCAGGGCGAAGCUUCGAAAAAUAACCCAAUAAAACGGCGGACUGAAUUUAACGGAGGAACCAUGUCCAAGGGACCAGCAGUCGGCAUUGAUCUGGGCACUACCUACUCCUGCGUGGGAGUGUUUCAGCAUGGCAAAGUAGAGAUCAUUGCCAAUGACCAGGGAAACAGGACCACACCCAGUUAUGUUGCCUUCACUGACACUGAGAGGCUGAUUGGGGAUGCAGCCAAGAAUCAGGUGGCCCUGAACCCAACCAACACAGUGUUCGAUGCAAAGCGUCUUAUUGGACGUCGAUUUGAUGACGACGUGGUCCAGUCAGACAUGAAACAUUGGCCUUUUACUGUCAUUGAUGAUGCUACACGCCCCAAAUUACAGGUGGAUUACAAGGGCGAGACCAAAAGCUUCUACCCAGAAGAGAUCUCCUCCAUGGUGCUCAUUAAAAUGAAGGAGAUUGCAGAAGCGUACCUCGGGAAGACUGUAACAAAUGCAGUAGUAACUGUGCCUGCCUACUUCAAUGACUCUCAGCGCCAGGCCACCAAAGAUGCAGGGACCAUUUCCGGGCUUAAUGUCCUGCGUAUCAUCAACGAGCCGACUGCUGCCGCUAUUGCUUAUGGCCUGGACAAAAAGGUCGGAGCCGAGAGAAACGUCCUCAUCUUUGACCUGGGUGGUGGCACAUUUGACGUCUCCAUCUUGACUAUUGAAGAUGGCAUCUUUGAGGUGAAGUCCACAGCAGGUGACACCCAUUUGGGUGGGGAAGACUUUGAUAACCGCAUGGUCAACCACUUCAUCGCUGAGUUCAAACGCAAGUACAAGAAAGACAUCAGCGACAACAAGAGGGCGGUGCGUCGUCUGCGCACUGCGUGUGAGAGGGCCAAGCGCACUCUGUCCUCCAGCACUCAGGCCAGCAUUGAAAUCGAUUCUCUGUACGAGGGAGUUGAUUUCUACACCUCGAUCACCCGGGCCCGGUUUGAGGAGCUGAACGCAGACCUGUUCCGAGGAACCCUUGAGCCUGUGGAAAAGGCUCUCCGUGACGCCAAGAUGGACAAAGCUCAAGUCCACGACAUUGUCCUGGUGGGAGGUUCCACUCGCAUUCCCAAGAUCCAAAAGCUGCUGCAGGAUCUUUUCAACGGCAAGGAACUCAAUAAGAGUAUCAACCCUGACGAAGCAGUGGCUUAUGGUGCAGCUGUGCAGGCAGCCAUCCUGUCAGGGGACAAAUCGGAGAAUGUGCAGGACCUGCUGCUGCUGGAUGUGACCCCCCUGUCUCUGGGCAUCGAGACUGCUGGAGGGGUCAUGACUGUUCUCAUCAAAAGGAACACCACUAUCCCCACCAAGCAGACCCAGACUUUUACCACCUAUUCAGACAACCAGCCUGGUGUGCUCAUUCAGGUGUUUGAAGGGGAAAGGGCCAUGACCAAAGACAACAACCUCUUGGGGAAAUUUGAGCUGAUUGGAAUCCCCCCUGCACCACGAGGGGUUCCUCAGAUUGAGGUGACCUUCGAUAUCGACGCCAACGGCAUCAUGAAUGUGUCCGCGGCUGACAAGAGCACCGGGAAGGAAAACAAGAUCACCAUCACCAACGACAAAGGUCGCUUGAGCAAGGACGACAUUGAGCGUAUGGUCCAGGAAGCAGAGAGUUACAGGGCUGAGGACGACGUGCAGAGAGAGAAGGUGAUUGCUAAGAAUGGUCUGGAGUCUUACUCCUUCAAUAUGAAGUCCACUGUGGAGGACGAGAAGCUGAAGGACAAGAUCAGCGACGAGGACAAAAAGAAGAUUGUGGACAAGUGUAACGAGGUCAUCAGCUGGCUGGAUAGAAACCAGACUGCAGAAAAAGAAGAGUUUGAGCAUCAGCAGAAGGAGCUGGAGAAGCUGUGCAACCCCAUCAUGACCAAGCUGUACCAGAAUGCGGGGGGUGUGCCCGGAGGGAUGCCAGGGGGGAUGCCAGGGGGGAUGCCAGGUGGCUUCCCCGGCGCUGGUGGUGCUCCGGGAGGGGGGGCAUCAUCCGGCCCCACCAUUGAGGAGGUCGACUAAAGUAGAGCUUCACAAAAUUGUUAUAUUCAGAAAAAUGUACCAGGCAACUUUGGGUUUGUUUUGUUCCUCUUUGGCUUAAGUAAACACUUCUACUGUUUGUUCUAGGUUCUUUUAUAGCAGAGCUCUUCAUCCAGUUAAACCAGUUAUUUGUAUCGCCGCAGGUUUUUCUUUUUUUAAUGGAGUUUGUUGUACGGUUUCAGUGCAUUGCAAAAUAAGACUAAAUAAAAUACUUUUUUGAACUUGAA